AUGCGAUAAAUUUAGGUAUUUUUAACUUUUAUAGCGAUUUCUCUUUUAAUUACCACAAUAAAUGCUGGUUAUAUAGAGAUUGAAGGUUUGCCAGGUUAAGGUGAAUAUUAGUCCUUGUUGAAGUUUAAGAAAAGUAUUUAGGAUAGUUUGCAACAUAUUGAUGAAUUGCAAUUUGUUUUCAGAGCUGAAUCUAAGCAUUAAGCAGACAUUAAAUUUGAUGAUUUAAAUAAUAAGAAUAGAUUUUCAAUGCCAAAAACAAAACCUUUUGAUACUUUGUAUUAGGAUAAAGAUAAAAAAGUGGAAAGUGAAGCUGAUUUUAAAUUUGAACUUCAUGAAACUGGCAAAAAUGGUUUCAAUUUUUAAAUAAUUAGAAGUUCAACAAAUGAAAUAGUUUUCAGUGGAGAUAAUGAAAUGGUAUUUUCUGAAAAUUAUCUCAAAUUUAGUAGCAAAAUUCCUUCUAACUUCAUCUUUGGUAUUGGUGAAAGAAACAACAGAAAUUUCAGAUUAAAAAAUGGAUUAUACACUUUAAACGCAAUCGAUCAAUUGCAUCAAAUAGAUGAAGGUAUUUAAGGAGGUUAAAGUGUUUAUAGUUCUCACCCAGUUUAUCUAGUAAGAGAAGCAUCAGGAAAUUAUAAUGUUGUCUUCUACAAAAAUCCUACUCCUUCCGAUUGUAUCAUAGAAACCAACAAAAUCACAUUUAAAUCUGUUGGUGGUAUAAUUCACUUUAAAAUAUUCUUUGGUGAUCACAAUCCAGAAACUGCAAUCAGAUAUUUCCAUGAAUAUUUAGGUGGUGGCCAUGCUCUCCCUCCAUUCUGGGCCUUUGGAUUUCAUCAAAGUAGAUGGGGAUACAGGAAUCAGCACAUGAUUUUUGAUACGAUUGAAAAACAUAAGUAAAAUAAUAUCCCUCUUGACACAAUUUGGUCUGAUAUUGAUUAUAUGAAUGAUAAGUAAACUUUCACUGUUAACUCUGUUGAUUUUCCUGAAUCAUUUUUCGAUAAACUUCACAAUGAGUUGAAAAUUAAUUAUAUUCCUAUUGUUGACUGUGGAGUUGGAGCUAAAGAUUACAACAAAGGCAACUUAGCUUUAAAAAAAGGAAUUGAAAUGGAUAUAUUUUUAAGAUCCCCAUUUACAGGUAAAAGAUACAAAGGAAAGGUGUGGCCAGGUGAUUCUUUUUUCCCUGACUUUUUGCAUCCAAAUAUUUCAGAGUAUUGGAGCUUCAUGUUUUAAGAUUUUUACAAUAAGACUCAUUUUAAUGGAAUUUGGGUUGAUAUGAAUGAACCAACAAAUUUUGACGAUUGCAUGUUUCCUUAAAAUUCUAACCAUGAAUGCAAUUGGAUUGAUGAUAAUCCUUAUAAUGACUAUAAGGAGGAAUUUAUCAAACCAAAAUUCAAUUUACCAUUUUAGCCUGGUAACCAAAACUUGUAAAAGAUGACUCUUCCUUAUAAUUUGAUUCAUUAUGGUAACUACACCCAUAAAGAUGUUCAUAAUUUAUAUGGCUUUAUGGAUACUUAUCAUACAUUUAAUGCUUUGAGGAGCGUCAAUAAAGUGUAUCCUUUUAUUAUUACUCGUAGUAGCUUCACUGGAUCUGGUCGCUUUACUUUCAAAUGGACAGGAGAUAAUGACUCAAAUUAUGACUUUUUAUAGAUAUCUAUUCCUUCAAUCCUUAAUUAUAACAUUUUCGGUAUACCUUUUGUUGGUGCUGACAUUUGUGGCUUUUUAGAACACACAUAAGACCAACUUUGCCAAAGAUGGAUAUAGUUAGGUGCUUUAUAUCCUUUUGCUAGAAAUCACAACAAUGAUCAAGCAAGACCUUAGGAAUUUUAUAAUUUAUCUCCAGAAGUAACUAAAACAGCAUCUAAAAACUUGAAGUUGAGGUAUUCACUACUCAAACACUACUUUAUGCUUUUCGUUAGAACAAACCACAAAGGUACUAUAUUUAGACCUGUAUUUUUUGAGUUCCCUUAUGAUGGUGAAUGUUUUUAAGAUAGAGUUCUAAAUCAAUAAUUUUUGCUCGGAAAUGAAUUAAUGGCAACCCCAGUUGUUGAAUAUGAUAAAACUACCACUUCAGCUUAUUUCCCAGAAGGAUCAUGGUUUGAUUUAUUGAGUGGAUAUAAAAUGAUUGAGAGCAAAAAAGGUAAAUUUAAAGAUGUUUACAAUACUUUGACUGAUUAUGUACCAAUUUUCUUAAGAUCUGGUAAGUUAGUUGGUAUGCAAGACUCGAAGAAUGUAUUAAAAAUAGCAGAUUUAAAUAACGAGUUCAAUAUAAUUUGCUCAUUAAAGUAGUAAAAUUCUACAGAUUAAUACUCUUGCACAGGAAAUUUGCUUAAUGUUUCAAAUUAGUCAGAUGAAAAAGAAAUACAUGAUGAAUGCGAUUAAGAAGUUAAUGCUUAAUCUAAUUGUUUAUUGUAAGUAAACAUUGAUUUGAGAGUAAAAGAUAAAAUUUUAUCAUUCAGUGUUAGUAGCUAUUAAGACGCAUUGUGGAAACCUUUGGAAGAUUCAAAAUUCAAACUUAAAGAUAUCAGUAUUAGAUCAAUUAUCAUGUACAAUUUCCCUAUUAGUGAAGUAAGUCAAGAUUAACUGAAGAUAAUGAAGGCUGAUGGAAGCGUAUUAGAGAAAGGUGCUUCUAUUAAUAAGUAUAAUUAUGUGUAUAACAAAUACAUUUAAUUUGAAAAGGAUUAGAUCGUUUUAUCUUAAAUAUCCAAAUUUACAAUUAAGCUUUGA